GGAAGGAGUGGGGGUGGUUGGGAAGUGCAUCCUCGCUGUCCCCACUCUCCCUCGGCGAGCAGCCGGGGCGCACGGACCGACGGACUGACGGACUCGAGCGCCGCUUGCGCUGCUGGGGGGCGCUGGCCCCUGGCGUCGACGGCCAGCUCCAGCCCUCCCGGCCCCGUCGCGCCCCGCCCCGUCCCGUCGGGGCCGAUGGCUCCUCCCGAGGCCCGCAACCCGGGGGGCGCAGGGUAGAGCCUCGCGGCCCGGCCACCCAGCCCGGGGAUUCCCGGGCCCUUGCGGAGCCCCGCGGAGUCCCCGCCGUCCGUCCGGCGGGCUCAGGGAGCGAGUGGGAGCGCCCUCCCCCCACCGCCCCCUCCCCCGUGCGUCGAGACAAGAUGCUGCCCUGGCUCGGGCGCCUGCUCCAAGGUCCUGCCUCGGCUGGCCUCCUGCUGAUGCUCCUGGCACUGCCUCCAGCGGCCCCCAGCUGCCCCGCGCUCUGCACCUGCUACUCAUCCCCACCCACCGUGAGCUGCCAGGCCAACAACUUCUCCUCGGUGCCGCUGUCCCUGCCGCCCAACACACAGCGACUCUUCCUGCAGAACAACCUCAUCCGCACGCUGCGGCCCGGCACCUUCGGGCCCAACCUGCUCACCCUGUGGCUCUUCUCCAACAACCUCUCCGCCAUCUACCCGGGCACCUUCCGCCACCUGCAGGCCCUGGAGGAGUUGGACCUGGGCGACAACCGGCACCUCCGCUCUCUGGAACCCGACACCUUCCAGGGCCUGGAGCGGCUGCAGUCGCUGCAUCUGUACCGCUGCCAGCUCAGCAGCCUGCCCAGCAACAUCUUCCGCGGCCUGGUCAGCCUCCAGUACCUCUACCUCCAGGAGAACAGCCUGCUCCACCUCCAGGUCAGUGAUGAGGUUGACAGUGGUAAUGACAAUGGCAGUACUAACCUAACAAGCCUGCAUCGAGCACCCACUAUGGGCUGGGCGCUGAGAAGACAGCAGGGAACCAAACAGAUCGAGCUCCCUGCCUUCAGAGAGAACAUUCUAGUGGGGGAGACAGACCAGCAGAAAACUGCAGAGUACGCUGGAAAAUCUUGUCAUGGCGACUAUUACUUCUACCGAGACCUGCCCGCCGAGGACCCGCGGGGGCGCCAGGGCGGGGACGCGCCCACGGAGGACGACUACUGGGGGGGCUACGGGGGCGAGGACCGGCGGGGGGAGCAGACGUGCCCGGGCGCGGCCUGCCAGGCGCCCCCAGACUCCCGCGGUCCCGCGCUCUCGGCCGGGCUGCCCAGCCCUCUGCUUUGCCUCCUGCUCCUGGCGCCCCACCACCUCUGACUGCGGUGCUGAGACUGAACGGGCCCUCUUGUCCCCAGCCCAGCUGCGGCUCGGCCCGGCCCUGCCCCCACUCCGGCCGUGCUGCCUUCCGGUCCCCUCCCCCUCCACCCCUUCCCGGGGGACCCGAGCCGGGCCAGGCCUCUCCCUGCCCUCCGGGGCUGUUGGCUCAGGGUGGCCCCCCGGAAGACCCGAAGUGUCCCGGUGGCUGGCUCAGCCCUACUCUCCCCACCUCUGGCCAUUAACCCCUUCCCGCCCCGAGGCUGGGGUGGGUCACCCCCCAGGCAGCCGCUGACCCCUUCUCCCAGUGCCCACCGUGGACUCAGAGGGGCUUUGGUCUGCAGAGCACCUUCCACCAGCAGAGCCUUUGGAAGCUCCCAGGGAGGGAGCUCCACCCAGGAGCCCUUUGGAGGGAUGCCUCAGGUGGGGCCCUGCUCAUCCUAGCCCCCCUCGACCUCGCGACACUGGAGGAAUACUUUUCUCCUAAGUCUACCCGGGACAUUUUUUAGGGUGCCCAGAGAGAACUUUCCUCUCCACCGUGGCCCCCGUGUGGUGAAGAUCAACAGAAGUUGUUUGGGGAAAAAAAUUUAUUAAAAAAUUCUAUUAUUUUA